AUGGCUCGUUUGAGGUCCCAGGAUGCGUUGAUGCAGGAGCUUCAGCAGGAGCGCCUCGAUGUGGCUGCUGGAGACGCCGCCAAGUUGAGGACUCCUCGGUCGCGAGCCAAAAAGACUUUUCCAGUGGCCACCCCUUCCAGUACUCCCGCUGCAGGUUCCUCGAAGAGCCAAGACGAUGCUUCCUGGGGUGCUGUUCGCGAUGUUCCAUGCAUUGGCUGUAUCAAGAGUCUGGCUGCGAGCGGCUCUGAUGGUUCCUGUCACGACCAGAAGGACUCAUCUGCUGCUCGCUGUGCUCGGUGUUCGAAGGGUCACAAGUGUAUUCCGGUCCCUUUCUACCUCAUGCCUUUUGUGGACGAGCUUUAUAUGGCCAAGCGUGCGCUUGCUUCUGCUGAGGAGAUGGAUGCUCCUACGCCCUCGAAGAAAAGGACGCGCGCUGGAGUGGAGAAGGAAAACUCCACUCUCAACCUUGCUCCUCUGGGGACCCGAUCCAAGCAUGCUGCGGGCAAGUUCUCGGAGGUUGACGAGCUGCAGAAGCAGAUUGAGGCGCUCACGGAAGAGCGUGAUGUGCUCCUUGCUGAGCAGGAGGCUGAUCGUAAGGAGGCAGUUUCACGCUCUGCCAAGGAGGGGAAGGCCGUGGUUUCGGCUAAGAAGAAGGGAAAACAAGCUGCCGUUCAGUCUGUCUCGCGCUCUGUCGAUGAUCAUCCUGUCGAGUCUUACCGUGAAUGGCAUCUGAAGCACGAGAAAGCCAAAGCUGAUAUCGAGGCAGUGCUGGCUACCCUUCACCCCCCACCUAAGGAGUGA